CGCCCCUCCCCCGUCCCCGCAAGUAAACAGAAAGCGGUGAGGGAAGCGCUCGUGUCAGCCACCGUACGCGCGUUCGGUGCGGGAACCGUGCGGUGAAACGACGAAGGUGGGACGUGAGUGUCGCUAUUCCCGUGUGUUUUCCGCAAAGUUGGGCGAUCCGCCGCCAGCUGACUCGCGUUGAAGCGAUGAAGGGAGAGGCGGAAGUGAAGUCACUUGACAGACCGUCCAUGUUAUUAUUGUUAUUUUGGUAGCCCUGUGAUGAGACGGGCUGGGGAGCCGUUAGUCUUCGAGACGACGAGCGUUAACGCCACCGCAGGCCGCCCCGGACCGACACCACCCUCACCUCACUGACCCGGAGGACAGGAGCCUCGCUGGCGGCUGGGGGGGAGGAGGAGGAGGGGUGUGAAGACCCAGCUUCAGCUCGGCUCCUACACUCCGAGCGACCAAAAAUAAAACGGGCGACAAAAACAAUAACGGCAUUCGUCAAACAGCUCGAGUGGUAUCUGUGCGGUGUGUGUAGCUGGGACGUGCCGCCGCAGACAUGAACGGUAUCACCAAGGGCCGGUUCGAGGUGUUCUCAAACAGCGAUGAAGCCCCCAUUAAUAAGAAGCUCCCAAAAGAGCUUCUUCUUAGAAUAUUCUCCUAUUUAGAUGUGGUUACACUGUGCCGGUGUGCCCAGGUGUCCAAGGCGUGGAACGUCCUGGCCCUAGAUGGCAGCAACUGGCAGAAGAUCGACUUGUUCAACUUCCAGACGGAUAUAGAGGGCCGGGUGGUGGAGAACAUUUCAAAGCGUUGUGGAGGCUUCCUGAGGCAGCUCAGCCUGAGGGGCUGCCUGAGCGUUGGUGACGCCUCCUUGAAGACUUUUUCUCAGAACUGCAGAAACAUUGAAGUGUUGAACCUUAACGGCUGCACUAAGAUCACAGACAGCACCUGCCUCAGCCUCAGCAAAUUUUGCUCCAAACUCAAACACCUGGAUCUCACUUCCUGUGUGUCCAUCAGCAACCACUCCCUCAAGGCCCUCAGUGAUGGCUGCAGAAUGUUGGAGACGUUGAACCUGUCGUGGUGUGACCAGAUCUCACGUGAUGGCAUUGAGGCCCUCGCUAGAGGCUGCGCUGGUUUACGAGCACUGUUCCUCAGAGGCUGCACACAGCUGGAUGAUGGGGCAUUGAAACACCUGCAGAAACACUGCCCAGAACUCACCACCAUAAAUAUGCAGUCUUGCACACAAAUUACAGAUGAAGGUUUGGUCAGUCUAUGUCGAGGAUGCCACAAGUUGCAGAACCUUUGUGUGUCCGGCUGCAGUAACAUCACUGAUGCCUCUCUCACUGCACUGGGACUUAACUGUCCCCGACUUAAGAUCCUUGAAGCUGCACGAUGCUCUCAUUUUACGGACGCUGGGUUCACUGUGCUGGCCAGAAAUUGUCAUGAACUUGAAAAAAUGGACUUAGAAGAAUGUAUUUUGGUGACAGAUAACACCCUGGUUCAGCUGUCAAUCCACUGCCCUCGACUGCAAGCACUGUCCCUGUCCCACUGCGAGCUGAUCACAGAUGAUGGCAUCAGAGCUCUGAGCAGCAGUACCUGUGGCCAAGAGCGCCUCACCGUGGUGGAGCUGGACAACUGCCCCCUCAUCACUGACGUGACCCUCGAGCACCUGAAGAGCUGCCAUCGUUUGGAACGCAUCGAGCUCUACGAUUGUCAGCAAGUUACCCGGGCGGGCAUCAAACGCAUCAGGGCCCACCUUCCAGAGAUCAAAGUCCAUGCCUACUUCGCCCCAGUGACACCCCCUCCUUCUGUACAUGGAGGUGGCCAGCGUCUGUGCCGCUGCUGCAUCAUCCUCUGACAGUGGAGGGCCAGGGGGGGCCACCUCUGUCUACAGGUCCUGCUGCUCUGAUAAGGGGCUGAUGACAGGUGGGGGGAGGGGAGGGCGACUGGGGUAGGCAUAGGGGAGAGAGGGGGCUGGACCCGCUCACUGCUCCUGAUCACUGAUGAAAACACUGACUGAUCGCCGCUAAUCCCUGAUCAGUUGAACCCGCCCCUUCUCUCUCCUCUUGCUCACCAAUGGCAGUGUAGCAGCCCCUGGGUUAUGCCGUGGAGGGGCUGGAGGAAAGAACACGAAUGGAUGGACUUUCUCUCUUUUUCUCUCUCUGUCUCGUUCUCGCUUUCUCACCGUGAAGACAAGAACAGGUUCUCCACACCACUCUGCUCCCUCACAUCCCUCACUCCCCACCAGUGAGCGCAAAGGACUGCAACUGGACAGCUGCAGGUUUGGUGGGGUUAGGGGUGGGGUGGGUCUGAACAGUGAAACUACAAAGCUUAGUGUUCAAACUAAAAAAAAAAAAAAGCAAAACUUAAAAAAAAAUGAUAUUGUCAUGUUGGACACUCUUCUGUGGAAUAUCAUCUCAGCCGAUCACAUGACACCACUACGUGACCAUCCUGUGAUUCAUUAUGCUUCGACCAAUAAACACACAGCAUGGAGGACGAGGAGAGCUGCGCUGUGGGUGAAAUCCACAGAUCUUCUGGGUGCAAACAGCCAAGCUUUGGAGCAGCCAGCUCAGCUCUGCAGUGCUGCGGGAAAAAAAAAAAAAAUCAGGAUGUACAAAAUGGAACAUGUGACAUAUUUGUGCAUCUGAGAAACCUCUGUUGAGAUUUUGAUUCUGUUUGUACAGAGAAUGUUUUGCAAUGGAGGGAAAAAAAUAAGAUUUACGGCAACUCACUCAAAAAUUGGGGAAGGCCAAUAAUUUUUUGUUUUCUUUUUUUUCAGUGCUUAUUGUAAUUGUCCAUGCCUGUCUAUUCAGAGAGGGGCAUAAGCUUGUCUUUCUUUUUGAAGUGUAAAAGGAAAAAAUUGUUGUGUUACAAAAAAAAAAAAAAAGGACCUAUUAUUCAGACCCUCGGUGUCUAAAAGCAUUAUGUUGACACUGUAUGCUGCUGGGAUGAGUGGCCUCUCCCAUGUACUGCUUGGUUACGUUGGCUUGUAGGCCCUUAUCCAAUCCUGUCAGUAGCCCUGUGCUCUAGCUUCUACUCUACCACUUAAGCAUUUGUUUACAACCUGGAUUAGGUGAGCGCCACAGACUAACUUGUUUACAUGAGUAGGUUUCCAGUCCCCCUACUAUUCCGAGUCAGUUACUAAACUUACUCUGAAUAGGUUAUUAACACUGAUACAACUUUGGCUUACCCACUGUUUUUAAAUGGACUGUGACAUUAUUCAGAUUUAUGCUGUGUGUGUCUGGAUCAGGGCUAAUGCUGGUGCAACUUUGCUGCUUCUAAAGUGAAAAGGAAAUUUGCUUAAAGAUAAUAAGUGUGAGACUGUCAGCAAAGGCACCUCAACUUUUUGACAAUCACAAGAAUUUAUGUACUUAGAAGUUAAUUUAGUCUAGCUUUGUGUAAUUGUUAAUUUACAGAUGAUUUAGAAACAUAAAUAAACUGGCUUUCAUUAAGCCCUAAGUGGCACGUGAGGAAAAAUUUGCAAUUAGUUUAUUUUACAGGUCUGGUGAAAACUGCCAGUGUAAGUAUAUAAUUGAUCCCUAACAAAUUCCAGCUCCUUCAGUGCUACAAAACACACGUGACAAGGGUAAUGUGAAAUGCAGAGACUGGAACCCCCCACCCCCACCCCACAAACCAGUUUAUUUCACUCUACAUAGGCACUCCUUUAGAUCAACAGGAUUUCAACAUGAUGUCUCAUGCCUGAUUACACAUGUAUGGGGCAUGAGCGCUGUCAUUUCAAGCACUGAAAAUGCAACAAAAAAGCAGCUUGUAAUAUGUGUUAAGCAAGAGACUGAUAAGUGUCAUGUAGUGCCAAGUGCUCAAAGACUGGGGAGACUGGCAGGACAAUGGAUAGGACUGAAACUAGAGAGAGCAGACAGAAAGGUGAAUUAACACUGGGAUGGACUCGAGAUACAUAGCUGACUCGACUGGCUGUGAUACUAAUGCCCUGUUUGACAGCUGUUUUAACAGUUUUAUGUUUAA